UCGGAAUUCCCAGGGGGUUUGCCGAAGAGCUUGGUGACGUCGUCUACGAGCAGCGAAAUCGGAGUUGCCCGGGCUUUCGCCGACGGGGCAGGGAGACGUGGCCACCGCCUGUGUGUCGGUCUGACACCCUUUGUAAGCUGAAUCAGACCAACUGCCACUUCUAUCCCUUUGCACCUAUGGUUUUCCUUGGGCGCUUUGAAGGUCCCCGUGUUGCUAAUGCUCACUCUCCAUUGAAAAUGAAAGAAGAAAAGCUCAGCCUUCCUCAUUUAGUGCUCCUCUGUCCAGCUUCCAUAUUCUAUGUUCGUCUACAGUCUUUAUACCACUCUCAACCCGAUAAGAUCGGCCACAGUGGCAGUUCGGAAGGAGAAUUUUGAAAAUGAUGACGAUGUUGAUGGUGACGAUGAUGAUACUAAUAAUGAUAGAUUGGUAAAUUAAGGUUGAUGGUGAUUGUAGUAAUGAUGAUGAUGAUGAUGAUGAUGAUGAUGAUGGGGAUUAGAUGAUGAUAGGGAUAACGAUGGCGUGUGAUAAUAAUGAGUUUGCAGCGUAAUGAAUAGAUGCAGUAGGAAAGAAGGAGGAGGAGGACGAGGAGGAGGAGGAGGAGGAGGAGGUGGUGGCGAAAGAGGACAGAGGAAGGAGGAGGUGGAACUGGAGGAAGAAGGAGGAGAAGAAACUACUGUCUUUACCCCUACUAGAACGCUAGUAGGAGAAGGACGAAGUAGGGUGAGGAUGUGGGAUCAGGACUAUGAGUGGGUCGAGAUUUGGUGCGGUUGGGAUGGGAUGCGACGACAGAGGAAAAGGAAUCAGAGGCAUCGGGAUGGGGUGAAGCAUGCAGGGAAGUUUGCGGGCGUUAAGGAGGUUGUGGAGGAGGAAGACGUCCAGGAGGGUCCCAAAAUGGCACGGCAAGUGUCUUUCACAGAUGGCAGCUACGACAAGGUGUGGGAUAUUAAGACCUUGGGCAAGGCCAAUGAUGUGGAAGCUCGGAGACUUCUAGAAGCCGUUGCCAAACAGGUGCAACCCAUCAUGCGUCGGCGGCGAUGGCGGGUGAAUCUUUUGUCGGAAUUCUCCCCUCCCCAACGCAAUCUUCUGGGUUUGAAUAUCGACGGUGGUCAGGAGAUCCGUAUUCGGCUUCGCCAACCAGGCAACGAUCUUGUGUUCUUUGCUUACGAACACGUCCUUGGUACUAUGCUUCAUGAGCUGGUGCAUAUCGAAGUUGGCCCUCAUAAUGCGCAGUUCUAUAAACUCCUCGACGAGCUCAACAGAGAGUGCGACGAACUGAUUGCCAAAGGAGUGUCUGGCAGCGGUGCAGGGUUCGACUGCAGAGGCCAGCGACUGGGAGGGAUCACUCACAACCCUCCUCCUUCCCACCCCAAGCGCAACGUGCUUGCAGUGGCCGCAGAGAAGAGAGCCAGAGUGAAUCAGCUACUCCCGUCGGGACCUCGACGAUUGGGAGGUGACACGUCACUCAUGCGGCAUGUUCCCGCAGCUGCUGCUGCGGCAAUGGCCGCUGAGAGGAGGCUUCGAGAUGACGUGUGGUGUGGAUCUUCUGAGGUUGCCCCACGUGGAUCUUCUCAGGGUGGGCCACGUGGGUCUUCGGAAGAUGCGCCAAGUACAUCUUCUCCUACUAGUCAAGGUGGGCCACGUGGGACUUCUGAGUGUGCGCCACGUGGAUAUGACGUGGACAGCCGCCGCGCACUCCCCGCAGAGCGAACCCCUGUGGCAAAUGGCAGUGAAAGUGAUGAUCUGGGACAUCCAAGCAUACCGGGUAAGGGGACGAUGAUUAGCCCAAAUGAGGGCCCAUCUGUGGGUGUAGAGGGUGCUUCAAGCCGCCGCGAUUUGUGGACACGUGGCAGCUCGAGGGAUAAUGAUCGGGGUAUUCCUCAGGGGGGAGGGCUUCAGACACGCAGUACGAACGCCGACUUGAUGAGUUCAGAUAGGAGGGUAUUGAGGGAUCGGAGAGAUUGCCAGGGGGGGGCUAGCAACACCUUAGAUGAACCCAUUAGGAUUGACGAGGAAGACCAUGGAGGACCGACCAUGGAGGACGACCGAUAUGGUGGUGGUGGUCGGGGUGAACGUGGAAAUGAUCGCCGUGUGGAGGAGAGUGAGAGGAGGAGGGGGGUAGCUGACUCUGGUGGGAGAAGGGAGUUAGGAGAGGAUAGCCACGCGCAGGAACUUGCGAAGAAGAAAGAUGGGACAUGGGAGUGUAAGGUGUGCACGCUUGUGAACAGACCGCUCGCACUGCAGUGCGACGCUUGUGGAGUGCAGCGACCGGUAGUUGCCUCGUCAGCAUCUUCCAAAGGUGUGCGAGAUCUACUCUGGACGUGUAAGUUCUGCACUCUGGAGAAUUCCUCAAAGGCGGAACGCUGUGGUGCUUGCGACACGUGGCGGUACUCUACGGGUGCGCCUGUCGCAAUCCGUGGUCCUGCUGGCACCUAAGCAAGCUGUCGGUUAUCAACACAAACAUA